UGCUUAUUUUCUGUGCUCCACUCCCUGAACAUGUGACGCUGGAUGUCGUCUCCACAUGUUCCAACACCACAUUCAAAUCAUUUCCAGAUGAACGAUCUCAAACUGUUUGUUGCUCCGAGCGACUUCACAGCAACCUUUGUGUUCACCGGAGAGACAGCCACUGAGGAGAGCUUCCAACCUUUCCGCUCAGGAUGUUUCUCAGGCUCUUUGUGAUUUCCCUGUUUCUUUUGACCAUGGUUCAGAGCAAAAAGAGACCGCCACCAAGCGAUGUGUGGAACUACAGAGAUGGAUCCGGUAAGGUUAAUAUGCGCGGAGUGGCCAAUUUGACAGAGAUAUUGGACAACUGGAGAUUUGACAUUUUGACUCAGAUGAGAAACUCGCUGACUCAAGAUCACCAGUCUCUCCUCCCUGACUAUGCCAGGAUCUCACCUCUCUCCGACGCGCUUGGUGAUCUCUUUAAAGAGUUCAAUUCACUGAAAGAACACCUCGGAGAUCUGACUGAAAAAUUCAGUGCUCUGGAAGUCACCGUUGAUGAAAUGAAACUUAAGCUUGCCGAAACGCCCAGGCAACGGGUGAAUUUCCCCAAGAGAAAAGUUCUGGUUCCAAAAAAGAAAGUCCCUGUGCAAUAAGUUGAUGUAUGAAUUAUCUACAAACCUUACAAAUCAUAUAUAUAUAUAUAUAUAUAUUUUUAUGUAUAUACUUACUGGAUUGUGGUUGUGGUUGGUUGCAGUUUGAUGGUAAAAUGCUCAAAAGAAAGAUUUUGUUAGUUGAGAACAUUUCUUAUACUGUACUUCCAAAAUUAGUUUCAUGUUAGUUGGUGUUCUCAAAAGAGUUUUGUUGCUACUUUCUUCACAUUAUCUGUGUGUAUUAAAUAUAUGUAACACCGGUAUAUCUGAAAAUGUAUCUUUUUCAGCAUUUGGUCUGAAAGCUACAGUAUUUAAAUUAAAGUAAAUGCAGCAA